AUGUCACGUGUGACAAAGAAGAAUCCUCCGUCUAAGCUCAAAGUGCAGGUUGUGUACGCAGCCAGCCGCAGCGCGGCUGCUCCGCUGGCGCUCUUCGAGGUCGCCCAAUCAAAAGGCGUUGUUUCAGCGGCGAGUGAUCUGAUUGGCUCGUUGUUUAAUAUGUUUGGGUCUAAGAAGAAAGACAAGGGAGCCUCGGGUGGCGCUGGGGCGGCUGCGGGCAGUCACAGACAGGCCGCGAGUUUCUUUGACGAGUUUAAUCCGUACCGAGACAAAG